CCGCCGAGCCGUAAACAUCAAAUAAAACGCGGUAAGAAACACGCGUGCGCGAUAACACUAUCACGCUUUCAAAGCUUUAACUAAUUCGUCCUUUAGUUAAUCCGAUCCUUUCCUUUAUUUCUUAAAAUUUUCUUACUACCUCGAUAACAAUAAUUAAAAUAAUAAUAAUAAUAAAUAUAUACUUUAAGCUUUAAACCAAAAGUUAAUUUAAUAAAACAAACAGUAAAGGGUGAAUCAAAUUGUGAAAUAUUUAUUACCUUUGAUUAAUAAAAUUAAAAAUAAUAAACCACGAAAUCAACACAGGGAUGUAUGAUAAUACGGCCAUGGACGCCUGGAUUUAUGACGUGGUCUGUAUGAUGUCCGGCAAUACUACAGAUACCAUGAUUCCAACCAAUAGAACAUUACCGAAUAUAAAACAGGAAGUUGAGAAUCCCACAACGCCAACGCAAAAUUAUCACCAAGUCUGUUCACCAAGUACGACAAUUCAACAGCAAGAGGUCCUUCGUGAUAUGGAUAUCACAGAAUAUGGAGGUGGUGGUAGUGGUGACGGUGGUGGUACGAGUCCUGGCAGUCCUGAAAUGCAACAUUGUUCAUCAACAACUCAACCCAUCGGUACUCCUGAGAAUGGAGUAAAAGAAGAAGAUAUGGUACCAAGACGAUUAUGUCUAGUAUGUGGAGAUGUAGCGAGUGGUUUCCAUUAUGGAGUAGCUUCAUGUGAAGCGUGUAAAGCAUUUUUCAAACGAACGAUACAAGCAAGUAAUUUUACAGGGAAUAUUGAGUACACUUGUCCAGCAAAUGGUGAGUGUGAGAUCAAUAAGAGAAGAAGAAAAGCGUGUCAAGCAUGUAGGUUUCAAAAGUGCUUAAGACAAGGAAUGCUUAAAGAAGGUGUAAGGCUAGAUCGUGUACGUGGUGGUAGACAAAAAUACCGACGAGCUACGGAUCCUUAUUUGCCUGUUAAAACUGUCACACUUGAAGCUAACGUAGGAUUAUCAGGAUCUGGAGAUACGACAAAUAAUAAAAUGAUUGAAGCACUUGUAGCGUGUGAACCGGACACUUUGCAGGUGUUUAAUACAACCACAAAUACACUUGAUACUGAUCAACGAGUACUUGGCCAACUGUCCGAUCUUUAUGACCGUGAACUUGUCGGUAUAAUUGGAUGGGCAAAACAAAUUCCUGGAUUUAGUAGUCUUGCAUUAAAUGAUCAAAUGCGAUUGUUACAAAGUACGUGGGCAGAAAUAUUAACAUUGAGUUUAGCGUGGAGAAGUAUGCCAAACACAGGGCGUUUGAGGUUCGCACAAGAUUUUAUAUUAGAUGAAAGACUUGCUCGUGAGUCUCACUGUACUGAUCUUUAUAAUCACUGUAUCCAGAUUGUUGAAAGAAUUCAAAAACUCAGCCUAUCAAGAGAAGAAUUUAUAAUUUUAAAAGCAUUAAUAUUAACAAACAGCGAUGUAAGACUAGAUGAACCUCAAGCAUUGCAUCGUUUUCGUGAAACAAUUUUAACAACAUUAUCUGAUUUGGUAUCAACAGUACGACAGGGUCAGGCAGUACGUGCAACCCAAAAUAUGUUUUUAAUAUUACCUAGUUUACGGCAAGCCGACAAUAUUGUCAGAAGAUUUUGGUCAAGUGUUUACAGAACGGGUAAAGUACCGAUGAACAAGCUUUUUGUUGAAAUGCUUGAAGCUGCUGCUUAUCGAUGAGACAACGUCAGCUCGAUCGACCUUAAAAUUGAGAUGCGAAGGCCGAUCGACGCUGCAACAGCAGUACCAGUUUAGCUGUUGUGAUUUAUUAUACAUGUACAGAGAAAUGAAUUGUGAUGGAGAGUUAUAUUAUGAGGAAUUACGUCAGGGAUAUAUAUAUAAUGUGUAAUAUGUUUCGAACAAUGUUUGUAUAUUGAUUGAAAACAAAUGUUUAUGUACAGUCAUUACGACAAGUUAGUGAGAGAAAUGCGCGUAGUUAGAUUACAGUGCUUCGACUUUUAUAGUAAUCGCUAAUUAGUUAUAAUUAAAUAAAAUAUGCGUAGAUUUGAUAAUUAGAAAAUUUACGUUAAUAAUCAAAACUAUAACUGGCAUAUUAGAUUCAUUAUUCCAAUGAUUACUAAUUAAUUAUUUAAUAAUUGCAUGUGUAGAACUGUUAGUAGUGCAAUAAAAAAAUAAUAAACAAUUAUAAAGACAUAUUUAAAAAAUAAAUAUAAUUUUUUUCUUUUAGUCAGGUACCCCAUUUACAGGUACAAAAAAUAAUAAAACCUAAUCAUUAUUAAUUAGUUAUUAUUGGUGAUAAUGAUAUAAUUGUCAUCAAAUAAUUUUUUUUUUUGCCGAUUGUAAAUUUAUAAAUUAUUGCGUUAAAUUAAUUGCAAGUCGAAGCACUGUAUAUAAAUAGUUUUUUUUUGUAGAAAUGUACAAAUGGUAUCAAGUGAUAACAGAGAUUAUAUCGAUGUGAAUUGAUAAAUUUUUAAAUAAAAUUUUAGAGAAUGGCAGGAACGUUCUGUAAAAAUGUUAAAAUGGUUACCGAUAGAAUGAUAAUAAUAAUUUUUUUUUUUUUAAUUAGUAAAGUCCGUUAAUAAUAUACGCUUUAAGAGUCAACAUUUUAUUGAUUCUUCGGUAUGAUCAUGUUUAUGUGAAUAGUCUGUUUGCAUGAUAAUGAUAGUUGAUUAAAUAGUGGUAAUGCCGUUGAUAAAUAUAAUAUUAUUAUUAAUAAUAAUAACAAUAAUGGUAAAUAAAUAGAUAAGAAGAAUUAGAAAAGAGAAAUGAAUGAAACUGGUUGUUAUCUGACCACUCAGAGUCGUACACACAUGCCAUACGGGCCGUAUGAGAGUUAAUUCAGGGAUUUUAAAUAUAAUAUUUAGUUAUUAUUGUUGUUAUAAACAAAUAAUUAAAAAAAAAAUAAAUUCAAGUUUUUUAAUUAUCGUGUAUUUUAUCAGUUACUUUAUUUUUGAAUAUUGAAAAUAUUUUAUGUGAAAAUUAAUAAUCAAAUAUUUGGCUGUAAGAUUGCAAUAUAUAUUUAUUGAGAUUUAUUAAAAUUAUUUUAUAAAAUAUCUUAUUAAUUUUGAAUUUUAAUUUUUUUAUUAAUUUUAUUUACUACACGAUGAAUUAUCUGCAUGAAAUAAAAUCAAGUAUAUAUAAA